AUGGACCAACAAACAGCCAAUGCAUUAUUCGACCAUGGCGCGUUUCUUUUGUUCCUAGAUGCACCUCCAAAUCUAGAAUUUGGAAUCGAUUACCAUGCUUGGACAAUCGGUCCAUUAUUCAAAGGUGUCAAGAUGAUUCCUCCAGGAUUACACUUUAUUUACUUUUCAGCCACAAGUAAUGAAGGUCUUCAAGGAAUACGGACUGGUUUUUUCAAGUACUUUGAAUCCAAAGAGGUCGCGGUACGUGAAUGGAAUACACACACAGAAGAUUUACGAGAAGAAAGAGAGCUCGAUCCAGAACAAGUAGAACGAUACAAAAAGAAUAUUCGAGAUUUUGAUCGGAAUAUGGGUCCUUAUCCACUCGACCCUCCUACAUACUACCAACGUUGGAGAACCCUGACCGAACACAUCACGCCUGGACUAGUACGACGUAUCUUACCAAACGACGGAAAGGUAUCCCAUCUGCCAAGAAAAUCGCCCGAACCACUCGACGACGAUGUUCUUUCUGUCAAAGACAAACGGGUCGGCAAAGAAGUCGAAAAAGAAGAAGGCAUGGAGUUCACACCAUUUGAUCUAAGACAAUCAUUUCCAAAAAAUGCAACGGCCUAUGAAAUCACAAAGUGGAGCAUUGACAAAUCCUGGCUUGCCCGUGAUUUACUUCGUCGAGUCUAUCAUGACGAUCAUUUGGUUAUGUUGGGUGAAAUGCAAUUGUCCUUCGUUUGUCUUUUAAUGGCACAAAACUUUUCUGGAUUUCAUCAAUGGAAACAAAUGGUCCGCUUAUUCUGUUCGUGUCAAGAGUGGAUGGAAGAAAGUCCGGGUGUGUUUAUUGAUUUUAUUGAUACAUUUGAGCAUCAGCUUGAAGAGUGUCCUGAAGACUUUUUCCGUGACAUCUUGUCUGAAAACAACUUUAUAUCAAGCAUGUUACAGGAAUUCCGUAAAAACAUCCCACUUCAUGAAUUUGAAUUAGGAAAACGAUUCUUGCAACUAAAGAAAUUCCUUGUAUCUCGAUUCAAAUGGGAAUUACCAACAGAAGAGGACGAAGAAGAUGAAGAUGCACCAAUGGUAGUUGAAAUGGAUGAAUAA